UUAAAAAGAAAAAUAAUAGAUCAGACGACGACCAAGAAGACCUUAAAAAUAAAUACAAUUAUAGAUAAGCUUUUUAUGAUAUGGCACUGAUUGAAUCUCUUUUUUUUUCCCGCAGCACUGAUUGAAUCUCUUGUAAUGGUAAUAAUGGGACUAACAUCGAAAAUGUGGACUGUCUUCUCGACUCUUUUUAUGUUAUUCAGCAUCAUCACAAGCUUCUUCGCGACUCAAACAACAUCCACUUCACCAGCUUUACAUCCAGAUGAAUUGAUCGCACUUGAGGAGAUAGCUACCACACUUGGCAUAAAGAGACUAAAUCUAAGUUAUGGAGACCCUUGCCGUUUAAGAACUCUAAAGAUCAUACAGGAAGCUGAUAUUGUCUGGAAUCCGGUUAUGAACAACACCAUUCUUUGUGAUUGUAGCUUCAACAAUAACACUAUUUGUCAUAUUACAGCCUUAACUCUCAGGAAUUCUACUCUUUCGGGGAAAGUUCCACCUGAGUUGGCCAAGCUUCGACAUCUCCGGUCAAUUGACUUAUACCGAAAUUACCUAACGGGCAAAAUUCCAAUGGAAUGGGCUUCGUUGCGAUACCUCACUUUCAUCUCACUCUCUGCGAAUCGGUUGUCUGGGAAUUUACCAACUGGGUUACAAAACUUCAAAAAUCUAAAAUAUUUUGGGGGUAAUCAGUUUUCUGGUUCGAUUCCUGAUGAGCUUGGUAACUUGACCAACCUAAAAGUAUUGUUUCUUUCGUCCAAUCAAUUUUCAGGAAGCCUUCCUAGCACUCUGGCUAGAUUAGUAAACCUUGAGGAAUUUGUGAUAUGUGACAAUAACCUUACUGGAAUCAUCCCAGGAUAUAUUGGCAAUUGGUCUCGGCUUAAAAAGCUACAUCUUUAUGCAAGUGGACUGAGAGGACCUAUCCCCGAUGGAGUGGUCAGCCUAGAAAGUCUUGCUAUACUGACCAUUAGUGAUACAACUGGGAUAAACUCCUUUCCAAAUAUAUCCAGCAAAACCAUCAAAACCUUGUAUCCAUUUUCCACUGAAGCUUAUUUUUUUUGUCUUCCUAAUAUUAGAAAAUUUCAGUCUAAUGUCUCCACUCUUGUUCCAGGAGUGUCGGGUCCGAUUCCUUCUUCCAUCUGGAAUAUGCCGAACCUAAAUGUUCUUGAUUUAUCGUUUAACAAGUUGACUGGUGAAGUCCAAGCAAUACAAAGAACACCCAAAUAUAGCUAUUUGAUAGGCAACAUGCUUUCUGGCAAAAUUGAAUCCGGUGUUUUCCUUAAGAGCAAAUCUAAUAUUGAUCUUUCUUACAACAAUUUUUCAUGGUCUUCAAGCUGUCAGGAAAAAAGUAACAUUAACACAUACAGGAGCUCAUAUUUGAAAAAUAGUUUAGUUGGGCUUCUUCCAUGCGCUGGUCCAAUCAACUGUAGGAAAUAUCAGCGAUCACUACAUAUAAACUGUGGUGGAGAAACUGUAACUAUUACAAACUCAUUUGGUAAAAUCACUUAUCAAGCUGACAACAGCGAAACCACUGCCGUAACAAAUCAACACUUGGAAAACUGGGGAAUCAGUAACACGGGUCACUUUACCGAUGAUGGAAGCGAUGAUGACGCAUACGUCAUUUCAACUAGUUUAAAAUCAUCUGGAGAUUUUCCUGAUAUUUAUAAGACCGCACGUAGAUCUGCUCUCUCUCUAGUUUAUUAUGCGUUUUGCUUAGAAAAUGGAGCAUACAAUGUGAAUCUUCAUUUUUUGGAGAUUCCGUUUUCAAACGAGGAACUAUACAGUCGUCUCGGUAGGCGCAUAUUUGAUAUCUAUGUUCAGGGAAACUUGUUUUUGAAGGAUUUUAACAUUAAUGAGGAAACUAAUGGGACCCUGAAGCCUGUUGUGAAAGAAGUGAAAGAUGUUAAUGUGACGGAUCAUUUGUUAGAGAUUCGGUUGUAUUGGGCGGGGAAAGGGACAACCCACAUUCCAAACAGAGGAUAUUAUGGUCCUCUCAUCUCUGCAAUCUCCUUGUGUCACAGUCAGGAGCUACACUGUGGAGCGGAGAAAACAAAACAUCACACAAAAUAUCUACUAUAUUUCGGAAUAACGGGUGCCUUGGUGACAAUUAUUAUCUUGGCUAUGGGAUUAUAUGCUCUGAAAAUAUACAGAGGAUACAAGAACAUGAGAGAAAGAGAAAUGAGAUCCCAGGGUCUGCAAACGGUUUGCUUUACUUGGAGACAACUGCAAGCUGCAACAAACAAUUUUGAUCAAGCUAACAAACUUGGAGAAGGAGGUUUCGGAUCCGUAUUCAAAGGGAAACUGUCGGAUGGGACUAUUAUAGCAGUCAAGCAGCUUUCUUCCAAGUCAAGCCAAGGAAACCGCGAGUUUGUGAAUGAGAUAGGAAUGAUCUCAGGUCUGAACCAUCCAAACCUUGUCAAGCUUUAUGGAUGUUGUGUGGAGAAGAAUCAAUUGAUGCUCGUGUAUGAGUACAUGGAAAACAACUCCCUUGCUCUUGUGUUGUGUGGAAAGAACUCUCUGAAAUUGGACUGGCCAGCAAGACAAAAAAUAUGUCUUGGAAUAGCAAGAGGGCUUGAAUUCCUUCACGAAGGAUCGAUGAUCAGGAUGGUUCACCGUGACAUAAAAACCAGUAACGUUCUUCUUGAUGCCGACCUUAAUGCAAAGCUAUCUGACUUUGGAUUAGCUCGGCUCCACGAAGAAGACCACACUCACAUUAGCACCAAAGUUGCAGGAACCAUGGGAUAUAUGGCUCCAGAAUAUGUAUUAUGGGGCCAAUUAACAGAGAAAGCAGACGUGUACAGCUUCGGGGUUGUGGCAAUGGAAAUUGUUAGUGGCAAGAGUAAUACAAAACAUAAGGGAAUAUCUGAAAACGUCUCGCUUAUCGAUUGGGCGCUGACGCUACAACAAAAAGGGGACAUAUUGGAGAUUGUAGAUCCAAUGCUGGAAGGUAAUUUCAACAGCAAAGAAGCCGUGAGGAUGAUCAAUAUGGCUCUUGUUUGCACAAAUUCAUCUCCUUCAUUGAGACCAACAAUGUCAGAGGCAGUGCGAAUGCUCGAGGGAGUGAUGGAGAUAACACCGGUUAUGUCAGAUCCUGGUUUAUAUGGACAAAACUGGUGCUCAAAGCUGAAGAACAUUGAUACAGAUGGUAGCUCCAGCACGUCUGGUAUGACCGAUCAAAUAACAAGGACAACGAAAUCAUCUGUUUCUGGUUAUGAUCUCUACCCGUUAUACCCAGAAUCCAUUAUCCAAAACUCCACAUCAGAGUCUUCUCCAUAGUCAUUGUAAUAUUAAAACCUGUUUACAUGCUUUAUCUCUGAUAAGUGGCUUGUGAGAUUAUACUUCAGUUAACUACGUAGCUAUAUCCUAUACUAGUAGUCACUCCUUACUAUGCACGGAUUUAGUUUUCAUUGUUUUUGGAUAUUUUUUUAUGAUUUUGGAGAUUGUUAGUUAAGACAA